UAAAAUUGAUUAUUUCAUUAAUGUUAAAAACGAUAUCUGAAAUGUACGUAAAUAUAAAUUAAUAUAAAGUUUUAUAUUAAUUUAUGGUAUAUAUUGGAAGGAAUUGAAAGUUUUCCAUUUUCCGUUAACGCUCUAAAAUUAUAUGUAACACACAAAAGGUAAACAUCUCUCGCUUAUUGACGCAAUAUCACUCUUGUUUACCAUAUGCUUCAUGCGUGACAUAUGGGAUGUCCUAGUUUCACAGUUUUUUCUUUCAAAUCUCCCGCGGAUUCUGCCUUCUUUACGAUCAUUUAAAAGUUCCUUUGUUUAAAAAUUAAAUUUGUGAUACAUUUUUUUAUAUUUAUAUAAGAAUCAUGUUUUCUUUGUCACAAUCAGUCGAGCGUGUGUAUAUUAAUGACGGGUUGUUCGAAAGUUUGUAUAAUGUAUCAUUUAAAUGAAUAAUUUGACACGACAAAUGAUGUAAAUAAAAUAUUUGUCAAUCGCAUUCUUACUCCGCUUUGAUUGACAAAUUCCGGGACGCGGCGCGGCGCGCUGCGCCGCAACGCUAUUGGUCGAGAAGCAUCGGCGGCGGAGUGGGGGAAGCGCGAAAGAUACGCGGUGUAUUCGUCGCGCGGCGCGCAAUGUGUACCGCGCCAGCAUUCGAAACGCGUCGGUGUUGUAGUCUCGCACGGUGCGUCACGAUCUUUUUUUUCAUCACGUUCGUACAUGGUGCUCGCUCUCUCUCCCGCGUUUCUUUCUCGUUAUUCGACUACGCCUUUAUUUUUCCAUCGAGUCGCGAUAUUUUCUUUUCUCUUUUCGCGAGUUAACCUAAUCGUCGCGGGACGAUGAUUCGCGCGGCGCGAUAACCGCCGAGAUCUUCGGGAAGGAGAGCUUGCGCUGGUUCUUUUCUUUUUUUUCUUUCUUCUUUCUAAAUUCUCGAGAUCGAAACGUAAACGCGCGGGCGAUCGAAUGCGCCUCGUUGGAUGCUGGUCGAUCUGGAAGUCCGUGCUCGUCGCGGUCCCGUGAGCGGGUGCUGCGAUAAUCCCAGGUAGCACCGAUGGACGCGCGCGUGGUGGUCGUCGGUGCGCCAGCCGCGGAGGAGACGUCGGCGGCGACGACGACGGUGGCGGCGGCGGCUGCGGUAACGCGAGGCGUCGCGACGCCCUCGCCGGUGCCUUCCGCCGCGCCGAGCACCGUCGUGACCGCUACCAACGGCGGAACCGCGUCCGCGUCCUGCGCUCCGCAGAAUCCGCUCGUCGUGGUGGCCAAUCCUUCCGGCAACCAUCAACAGUCGACCGCCGUGCCCAGGAUACUCAGCAGAAAUGUCAACGGCACCUUGGUGCAGACGUCCGUGCCGCAGAAUGAGGCCGAGUUGCAGCUGUACCGAGUGAUGCAGCGCGCCUCGCUCUUGGGAUACUACGACACGCUCCUCGAGAUGGGAGGCGAUGACGUGCAACAACUGUGCGAUGCAGGCGAAGAGGAGUUUCUGGAGAUUAUGGCGCUGGUCGGCAUGGCGAGCAAACCCCUUCACGUCAGGAGGCUACAGAAAGCUCUGCAGGAAUGGCUCACUAAUCCUUCGUUGUUUCAAACACCGGUCGUGCCGACGAACGCCACCGCGAAGAGUCCGGUCGCCGUCACCGUGGGCUUCGCGUGUGCGAGUCCGCGGUCGCAGAUGCAGAGUCUGCCGACCAGUUUCGCUGCGACCUCCCAGACUUCCCUGACGUCGAUGCCCUACGUGACGACGACGCCCCAGGUGCCGCUGACGCCGUUGCCUUGCCGGAGCGCCAGCCCGGUCGUGCCGGUCACCAGCGUGUCUGUGCCGACGUCCUCCACGACCUUUCGCCAGAGCCCGAGCCCCAACACCACUUUACCUUACACGACUACGCACAGUCCAAAUGUGUUGCAGGUAGGAACAUGCGAGUCUUCGUGCGGCAGCGGUACAACACCUAGUCCAAGCGGCGGCGGCGGCGGCGGAGGCGGAGGCGCACCUGCGAGUCCGCCGCAGCCGACGCCAACCCUCUUGCAGUCGCAGGUGCAACGGCUCGCCGAGGCUGCGGAGAGGCUCGUCGCUACCAUAAGGCCCCUUGAUCCUAAACCCCAUAACGUGAAGAAAAAACUCUGCAAGAACUUGGAGAUGGUGAUGACAAUGUCCGAUAGUGAUCCGCGCAAAAUGGACGAAAUUCGGAAGUACGCGGCGAUUUACGGCAGGUUCGACUGCAAGAGGAAACCGGAGAAACCGCUUACGUUGCACGAGGUGUCUGUGAAUGAAGCAGCGGCGCAAAUUUGCAGAUUCGUACCUGCCCUUCUUACUAGGAGAGACGAAUUGUUUCCUUUGGCGCGUCGUGUCGUCCGCGAUUCCGGGUACCAUUACUCCAAGAGCCAAUACUUGUCGAUGUUGAAAUCACGCGAAAACGGGGAAGAGGUCGAUGGCGAACGUUCGAAACGCCAGAAGCUCGAGCUGGAGGGUGAGAGUGAGGACGCGACGCAGGAGGAGUUGGACCUUCGUUGUUCCGGGACGGACAUUAAUAAUUCCAUCACGAGGAGACACAGGUCAUCGAGUCCAGUCUGGAGGAAGAAGAAUAACAAUGGCAUAUUCAGUGCUAGCGUGGAGGAAAUCAGCGAUUCGGAUAGUCAAUUCUCAUUCUCUAACGAGGAAUCUUCCUCUAUGCAUGAUACAAACGAGGCGGAGGCUGACAACACCGAUAAAGAAGGUGACUUUAAUCUAAAGGUAAUAGCCUCGCGAGGAGACAACAUAAUUGCUGUGGCGAAUCCUGCGUUAAUGGAAUGCAGCCAUCCUGUAAAAGAGGAGCCCGCGGACGAGAAAUCCACACUGUGAUAUUACUUAGCGUUAUUUACUGCCGCACUAUCGACGUCACGAUGGCAUAAAUGGCUGGUCCUGCUAGUCAUCAUUGCCGUUAUCACCAUCAUCACUUGCGCGCAUAUAUGUAUGUCAUCCAUAUAUAUGUUAUCGAAUAACGAUGGCAUUCCUGGCAGCGUUCGCAGUAAUCGUGAGAUUUUACUCGCUAGGAUUUUCGCGCUACGCGAUCGCGAUCUUUUUCUUGCGUUUGUUUGAAUGAAAUGUGAAAAAUGUUUAUGAUAUACUGCCUCUCCGUUAUCCAAUUCUAGCGAAAUGCAAACACACAUGAUAUUAUAUAUAUAUAUAUA